GGCUAGAUUUCAAAUUACACAGCUUGAUCGAUUAUUUGGUUGCCGACCAAAAUAUGGCAAUGCAUUCAUCCAGGGACAGGAAUUCAUGUGCUCUACUCUGGAAAAACAGCAGAGGUUCACCACUCAACAAACUGGUUAAAUGGAGUCGCCACAUAUUCCAAGAGAUGCUGCUCUGUGCCGGGCAAUGGUGGAUCGGCGGGUUCCUCUGCGCCCCCUUCUGCAUCAACAUCUACCAUCUCUGUUCCCUGCAGCGCAUCGGCUUCAUCUAUCCAGGUGGACAACAACUGUUGGAGAUUUUGGGAAUCGAAGUUCAUAGAGCAAAUGCUACCGGACUCCCUCUCUCGUGGUGUAUUGACCGCGUCUACCAAUGAAUUCUGGGUACUAGGCGUCAAUAAAGUAGGAUCAGAAAAACCCUUGUUUAUAUAAGAGACUUCAGAAUUGGCUGGAGUGUGAUUUAUUUCGAUUAUGUAUUUUUAAAACAGAGAUCUGAAAAAAGUAAAAUUUUUAGUUAAAAGGGCCUCAAUAUGGUUGACAGGAUAGAAUUUACAAUAAGUGUCAGUGAGUGAAUAUUCAAGUAACAGUGAUAAAAGUUUCAAAAACCAUGGACAGGUAUGACCUAAACUAUUACACCUAUUAGUUGUUAAGCAUUUAGCGCUUUCAAAAUUUUAGUUUCUCAAGUGCUAAGUGCCUAAUGUAUCUUUACUUAAUACUGUUCUCCACUAAAAACUACUGUUUUUUGUACUCAUGAAAUGCAAUUGCAUACUAAGCCUUUUGCCAAUUAUAAGAAUAUCCCUCAUCAAUGUGGUCAGAAAAUAACAAAUAUUAUUCAUAUGAUAAAACAUCCAUAAAAUAAGUGUCCAUAAAAAUUACACAAAUAAUUAUGACAUAAAAAUAAUGAACGACCUACUUACUUGCUGCAUAAAUAAUUUCCCCUUGCCAAUCAUACAUUCAUCAGCGACAUACAGUCUUGAUUUAUCCAAUAAUAUAAUUUUGGAAGCUCUAUUCUCAUCACUGGUCCCAUGUUGAAUGCGCCAUUGUUACAUGUGCCCAGCUGGCAGUCGGUCGGUAGAGCAUGU